UAAUAAAUGUUUACCAAAUAAUUGAAAAAAGUAGCUCGAGAGAUAGAGGAGGAGGAAGAAGGCGAAAGUGAAAGAAGAGAAGAAAAUUAAGUCAUUAGCUACUAAACAACUCUUUUCACAACGAAACAAGGAAAAAAAGAAGAAGAAGAAGAAGAAGAUGAGAGCUUUAGAAGAAUCUAAGAUCUCUAUUGUUUUGUUGCUUCUAUGCUUCUCAAUCUUCGUCACUUUCAGUCUCCAGGCAAAUGAGCUAACAUCCCCCUCCUCUAAAGAAGAAGGAGAGGUGAGAAUGGUGCCAUUAAUGGAGGAGAAGUUUAUGGUAAUGAAUGAAACAAGAAGGAAGCUUGGGAGUUUCCAGAUAUGUUCAGUUUGCACUUGUUGUGGAGGUGCAAAAGGAGUUUGCCUGCCUUUGCCUUGUUGCUUCGCAAUUAACUGCAAUAUCCCAAAUAAACCCUUUGGUUAUUGCUCCUUCACUCCCAAAUCCUGCAAUUGCUUUGGUUGCCAUAGCUGAGAUCUUUCCUUUUGGGCAGAGGAAGAAUAAACCAGCAUCUUGAUUUCAUAUGCAAAGUGUGAAAGGGAAGAAAAAACAAAGGAAUAUGUGUUCUUGGUUUGGUUCUUUAUUUUUAUUUUUUUUGUUUAUAAUUUUAUUUUCAGUCUUCUUUAAAUUUCAUUGCCUACUAUCUUCAGCAACAUCAUCAUCCUCAUUAAUUAAUUAAUUAUCUUUUUGCAUUGCCAUUCUGAUAAAAAAAUUAGGGUCUUUUAUGGAAGAUCUCACCCACACUUCAAGCUAGAUUUGUUUUUCCUUUUCUCUUCAAUUAAUUUCUAUAUCUGUUUUCUCCAAUUUGUUUCCCAUUUGUUAAGAUUUGUACUUGUGCUCCUGUGGCAUAUUUUAGUCAUUUUUUUGGUUAAGUUGGGGAUUGGAAGAAUAUUAAUAUGACGAUGAUGGUGUUGAUGGUGAUGGUAGUGCUGUUGAAACUGCUAAGUUGAAGCCGUUGUGAUGAGUGAUAUGUGGAAUUAUUAAGAAGGAUCAAGUUUAGUUCUCUGUUCUGAGCUUAUAAGAUCUAAGUGCUUGUUUUAGUACUUUUGUUUAUUAAAAGAUGAAACAAAGUAUCUUUUACGUUAAAAACAAUUAUUCAUCUUCAA